CAAUAUUUAUUAUAAUGAAAUAAGUAACUUCUUUAUUAUUAAGAAAUAUUUUUAAUGCUAACAAAGCCUUAUUAACAUAAAAGAAAUAUUUGUUAGCACCAAACAAGGCUUGUUAAUAUUUAAUAAAUAUUUCUUAGACGAAUUUGUCGGUAGAGGGCUACGCACGAGCCUGUAGUGGUGUACACGUAUUAAAAGAGCUAUAUGUGUGUGUCGUUGCGACGUCAUAUUGUUUACUCCGUUCUAGCUUGCAUUGUUGGUUAAACGUAACCUACAACUGAAGCUCUCAUAUACUUAAAUAAUAUUUAUAUCAGAAGUAUUUUGUAAAUUGUCAUCCAUAUUAUAACUAUGAAAAUAUGGAAGCCUUGUUAAUUUUAUUCAGUUCAAUUUUAAUCAAAUAUAAAACCAUUAAAAACACAUGUACUAUCAAACGGAUUUUAUGUUAUUUCUCAGCGUAGUUUAAUAUAAGAAAUUUUAAUUUGUUUAUUCUAGUUAUAGUGUUAAUUACUAUGAAAUUGUAUUUUGAAAUUAAAAGAACAGAAAAUACGGAUUGAAAAUUCGGAGUCUUAUUUGAAGAAAAUAGAAUCUUUUGAUCGAAAUGCUGAUAAAAAAGAUCUAGAUAAUGUGACUAAAGAAUUAAAACUUAUUGAACAAUGUGAAGCUGAACAGAUGAGAAAUAAGAAACAAAAGUUACAGGAAAUGUUUUUAGAGUCAAUAAAGAAUAAAGAAUUAGAACAGGAGAGACUUAAAAAUCAUGAUAUUUUAGUAAAUAGUCUUGUAGAAGCUUAUGCUAAAGCCAAAGAUCAUUUAAAUGAGAUGACUCAGGCAAAGUGGAAAGAAAUUCAAGCAGAAAAAAUACGUCGCUCAGAAUUGAUGGCAAAAAAAUGUGCUGUUAUUUGGGAGACCGAUGAAAAAGAAAGUGAAGACCGUUUAAAAAAAGCAAUUCAGGAGAGAGAAGAAAUUGAAAUUGAAAAAAUGAAAGCAAGAGAAAAUAAAAAACAAAAAUUAAAAGCAGAUAUUGAAAAAUAUCAAGCUGAACAUGCUGCGACUAUUGAAAAAUGGAAACAGGAAGAAGAAAAUGAAAAAAAAUGGGAAGCCUACCAAAGAUGCAAAAGAGAUGAAUACAAUAAAAAAAUGAAACUUAAAGAAAUACAAAAAGAACAGAUUAAAAAGAAGAAAAUUGCUCAAGAUUUGAAAACACAAAUGAAAGAACAAGAAGAUCUGCGCAGAGAAGAAAUGAUAAAAAACGAUGAUUCCAUAUACACAACAGAAGCUCUCAAAAAGAUUAAUGAAAAAGUUUUGGCUUAUGGAGAAGAAGUCUUAGAAGAAUCUAGAGGCGUUCGUCCUCUAUUUCCCAUAAUAAAAGUUAUCGAGCAAUUCAAAAAAGAAAAUAAAUUUCUACUACCAAAGAAAUAUGAAGAACAUGAUACGCCAAAGCAAAAAUGUGGAACAAAAAAAAUUCAAUCAAAACAAUUCUGUUCUAAUAAGAAUUUCAUUUCAACAAAUUUUGUACAAAUAAAAGAAUAAAAUGAAAUUAUGGAG